GUGAGAGUCAACCUCGGCGCCGGGGAGUCGGAGUUGUCAUCGCCUCCGAGACUCCGCCUCGAUGACCUCCUGUGGCAUGACGUCCGCAUUUCCCGAAGCACCGCCGACAUGUCCCUCACGAUCGACAACAUACAUACGACCAGACUGACGCUUCCCGGCCGGUUCCACGAGCUGAACAUCCACUACGGCGUGUUCCUGGGGGGGAUGGGGGACUUCACAGAGGUGUUCCUGGGGCUUCUCGACAACUUCCGAGGAUGCUUGGAUCAGGUGGUGUACAACGGGCUGGACGUCUUCCGGGAGGUGCAGGAGGACCCGAAGUCAGCUGACGUGUACGGCGUGGAGUGGAUGUGUUCGGACGAGUUCGACGCUCCUGCCGACACAGCCAUUAGCUUCAUUAAACAGGGGGCUUAUGUGGCCUUCCAGGACUCCUACCCAAGGACGGGGGGAUCUAUCAGGAUGGAGGUCAAGACGCAGAAGGAGAACGCGCUGCUCAUGUAUAAUACGGGGCCUCCGUCUAGAUCUGAUUUUAUUGCUCUGGAGAUCCACGAGGGGAAACCGAGACUGGUCUUGGACAAGGGAAACGGAGCUGUCGGUCUCAACAGCACCAUCUACAUCAGCGACGGCGUGUGGCACCAUCUGGAGGCCCACUUCAAACCGACGUACAUGGAACUUAACGUAGACGACCACAUUGAGGACCAGCCCACGCACAUCGGCGAGAAUAAGUUCUUUGACCUCUCCGGGUACCUUUUCGUGGGCGGAGUCGAGGUCAACAAGCAGGCGAGGGCGGUCAAGCAGGGAGCCAGGAACGGGGAUAAAAGCCUCGAGGGAUGCAUCCAGAACCUGUUCGUGGGCGAGCGAAGACUCAGCAUCCGGGAAUCUCGGGUCACCCUGGGCAUCAAGGCAGACUGCAACUGGGCAUACCCUUGCUUGAAGAACCCCUGCGUGGAUGGUGCCCGUUGCGUGCAGGAGGGUACGGAUGGGUUCAAGUGCGAGUGCGAUUUGGCCCUUUGCGUGCGCCAGAACUUCACGACGGCGUAUAAGGUGUUCACGAAGACCACGCUGCCGUUCAAUCUGGAGAUCCUCAGCCUCACGCCCAUGGAGGUGCAGGAAGGAGGCCAGGCUCUGAUUACCUCACAUCACCUCCACCUUGUCCUCGACUAUGAGAAGUACGGCGUAAGGGAAUCCGGCGUGCACUUCCACGUGAUCACGCCCCCCUCCCGAGGCCGCCUGGACGUCGACCUCCCGCGGCGACCCGAGGACACCAUCUUCACCCUCCUGGACCUCAACGACGACCGCGUGACCUACAUCCACGACGGUUCGGAGACGACUGAGGACUCCAUCGUGCUCGAGCUGGAGUUCGUGACGCGCUCGGGUUACAUCCUCCCGUCGUAUCUGCAGUCUCGCCACCGCUUCGUCCUCCCCGUCAGGAUCAUCAGCAAGAACGACGCCCCGCAGAUUAAACUCCCGCCGGGGAAGGUCCUCCGGCUGGCGGCGGGGACGGCGAUAACACUCACGACGAAUAUAAUCUCCGUGGAAGAUAACGACAGCGCGCCCGAGAAGCUGAGGAUCUCGGUGCUGAACCUGAACGACCCCGCCGGCGGCUACAUCCAGCACUCGCAGGCGCCGGGCGAGCCCAUCCACGCGUUCACAGUGGCCGACCUGAACGGCGGCCUGGUUUCGUACGUGCACCGCGGCGAGCCCAACACCAAGAUCGUGCUCCGCGUCUCGGACGGGAUCGAGACCAGCGACUCGGCGAUCCUGCGCGUGGCCGCCUUCGAGCUGCAGGUGUACCUCAUCAACAACACGGGGCUGAGCAUGACGCACAGCAGCUGGGCGCUCAUCACGCCGCACAACCUCUCGUACACGACCAACGUGCCCGAGCAGGAGCUCGAGAUCCGCUUCGACAUCUCGGAGAUGCCGCGCUUCGGCGCCGUGCAGCGGGCCCCCGGGAACGACCGCUGGCAGAACGUUAACCAGUUCAGUAGUCGGCAGCUGGAGAAGGAGAAGAUCCGCUACCGACACACCGACAAGGAGCCGACCGUGGACGAGUUCCGCUUCCGAAUCACGGCCGGCGAGCGCAAGUUCUCGACGGAGUACACGUUCCGCAUCAACUUCGUGGCCAUCACGGUGGACGUCGUGCGCAACGCCGAGUUGCUCAUCGACAGGAUUCAGGAGAGCUUCAUCUCCGAGGGCUUCCUGCAGACCGUGACCAAGCCGGACCCGGCGCCCAGCAGCGAGAUCGUCUACAGCAUCAUCGUCGCGCCGAUGUUCGGCUCGAUUUUCUUGAGUUCGGGCGACCUGACGCGGCACCAGCAGCUGGAGAAGGGCUCCACGUUCACGCAGGAGGACAUCGCCAAGGGCAGGAUCAAGUACAAGCUGCACCGCAAGAGCUACUCGUCGCUCCACGACUCGUUCCAGUUCCAGGUGUCGAGCCAGGGCCGCAGCAGCGACGUGCACACCUUCAACAUCCGCCACACGCCCCCGUCCGUCGACGCGACCAUCGUCGUCGAGCGGCUGGACGUGCAGGAGGGCGCCCGCCAGAAGAUCACGCAGAAGUACCUGCACAUCGAGGUGGAGGACAUCGAGGACCUGAUCUACAACAUCACGUCCCCGCCGCGCCACGGGGCCAUCGACAUCCUAGACGAGUCCAUGAUCCUGCCCGAGCGGAGGAACGCCACCUACUUCACGUCCCGGGAGAUCCUGUCGGGCUCCGUGUUCUAUCAGCACGACGACUCCGAGUCGGCCAAGGACCGCUUCCACUUCGUCGCCCUCGCCGAGGACCCGGAGGUGGACUUCCAGUACGUGGGCGUCAUGCACUUCCGCAUCCUCACGAUCAACGACAACCACCCGGUGCGCGUCAUGGAGAAGGUGCUGAACGUGGUCACGGACAGCGAGCGGGUCGUCACGUCCAGCGACCUGCUGUACGUGGACCCCGACCUGGACACGCCGCCCACGCAGAUCCAGUACACGCGGCGCAAGAUCCCCAACGGCGACUUCUUCCACGUGGAGGAUAGGUCGGAGCCUGUCUACAUCUUCACGCAGGAGGACAUCAACCAGCGCAGGAUCGUGUUCCGCCACGACGGCCCCUCCUACGGGAAGGCCGUCAUCUCCGUCACCGACGGCCACCUGUCGUCCACGGGCAUCCUGGAGAUCGUGGCGUCCGAACCCUUCAUCGAGAUCGUCAACAACAGCGGCAUCAUCGUGCCCCGCGGCCAGCAGGCCGUCAUCUCCAACUACAACCUGAGCGUGGAGACCAACAUGAACGCGUGGGGCGCGGCCAUCGUGUUCCACGUGACCACGCCGCCGCGCUACGGCCGCCUCGUCACGCAGGGCCAGGCCAGCGCCAAGGUCUUCUCCGAGGCCGACCUCCAGAGCAUGACGCUCAAGUACGUGAAUAAGGGCGAGCCCAGCUUCAAGGACGAGUUCCGCUUCCGGGCGAGGAUUGGCGACACCACUUCGGAGGGCAUCUUCGAGAUCAAGGUCUACCCCGAGAGCUACUGGGAGCCGCUGGUCGUCCUCAACAACGCCACCGUCAGGGUGGAGGAGGGCUCGAGGGUGACCAUCGACCAGGCCGCCCUCAAGAUCAUGCACCCCAACAUCGCCCCGUCGGACAUCACUUACGUCAUCGUCCAGCGGCCUCAGAAUGGGUACCUGGAGGUCGACCUCGGCCAGACCACGCCCACGGAGUACGAGGACGAGGCCAGUCUCCUGAAGCCUGAGGUGAGCGUGUUCGACCAAGCGCUAAUUAACGAAGGUCGAGUCCAGUACGUAGGGAUCGGGACAAACGUGACGUCAGACCAUUUCGUCUUCGAUGUGACCAAUGGGAUCUCGAGUUUGUCCAGACUCGUCUAUAACAUACAGGUCAUUCCGAAGACCAUCUACCUCUCCGCCGGCGCCCUGCACGUGGACGAGGGCUCGCAGACCAUCGUGACCAUGGACGUGGUGCAGGUCCUGACGGAGUAUUACACCGACAAGAUCAAGCAGUACCUGGUGGCGGUGCAGCCGGCGGCGGGCCAGUUGGAGUUGGCCUCGAGGCCCGGACUCAGGGUCGAGGCCUUCACGCCGCUGCAGCUGGAGCAAGGGCUCAUCUCGUACGUUCACGACGGGAGUGAACGCCUGACGGACACGUUCAGUUUGGUGGCCGUGUCAGGUGUGCGUCAGAGUGCGCCUGCCCAGGUGAACGUCACGAUCAGGGGACUCAAUGACGAGGCGCCCUUCGUGGUGAAUAACACGGGGAUCGACAUCUGGGAGGGCGAUACCGUGGUCCUGACGAAGGAGAGUCUAGCGGCCAUGGACCCAGACACGCGGCCCGAGAACCUGAGCAUCAGCGUGGGGACCCCGGACAGCGGCUUCCUGGCCUGGACGUCCAACCUGAGCCGCCCGAUCACCUCCUUCACGCAAGCGGACGUCGAUGCGGGUCGAGUCUCCUUCAUCCAUACAGGCGGCCUCUCGGGGAUGUUCCGGUGGGAGGCGAGCGACCAGGUCCACGGUACCGGCUCCAACGUGUUCACCGUGUCUGCCCGAGCGCUGCACAUCAGCCUCGUGCGGAACGAGCAGCUGCACGUAUUCCCGAUGAUGCAGCAGCCGCUCUCGUCCGCCGUCUUGCUCGCCGUCACGAACGACUUCAACAUACAGAGGUCUUUGGUCUACGUGAUCCGCCAGGCGCCGUCCUUGGGACAGCUGCUCCUGGAGGAGGCGGGGGGCGUGCUAGUCCCAGUCGAUAACUUCACCCAACGUCACCUGAAUGACUCCCGCAUCAUCUUCGAGCACACGAGCCCCUUCUCCAAUCUCUCAGCGAGCGACAUGUUUGUCUUCGACGUGGAGACUCCGUUUGCAGAGCCACUGAAGAAUCAAGAGUUCCACAUCGGAAUAUCUGUUGCCAGUCCGCGUGGAGGAGGCCUCGAGCGCUAUCUCGGGCUGGCACCUCUCGUGGUGGCGGAAGGAGGGCAGGCGACUGUGAGGCAAGACAACCUGAACCUCUCUGCUGUCUUGGAAUUCAUCGAGACGUACCCAGGGGCUGGCGUAGCAGUGCGAUUCCCGCCACAGCUGAUCGCCACUGUCACUUCCACACCCGUGAAUGGCAUCUUCACACUGAGAGAGAGGAACAUGACUGAGGGCUACACCUUUACCGUUCGCGACAUCGAAAAAGGCCGUGUGCGGUAUGAACAUGAUCACAGUGACACCCUCACCGAUAGCCUAGGCUUCACUGUUCACCUUGCUGGAAAUGGCUCCUCUCCAGAUGUACUUCUCUUUAAUGGAUCACUAAACGUUAGUGUAACACCAGUUAAUGACCAACCCUUCUCAUUAGUCACCAGUGCUCCAGUUCUAUAUGUCGUGCACCGUCAGAAUGCAGUUAUCACCAACCACAGUCUACUCACCACAGACCCUGACAAUGUUCCAAAAGAUAUUGUGUAUGAACUCAUGAGCGCUCCUGACCAUGGGCGUCUUAUCCGGGUUGACAACUUCAGUGUAGCUGUUCAGUCUUUCUCGCAAGAAGAUGUGGAUGCUGGCAGGAUCCUUUAUGCUCAUGAUGGAACUAAUGGAUCAGCCCGUUUCUAUUUUAAAGUGUCAGAUGGGAAACACAACCCUAAAUAUUCAGUUUUUACCAUUGAAGUACAGCCACUCACUCUGGAGCUUGUAAACCAUACUGUAAUUCCCCUGAAACAAACUUCUACUGUAGCUUAUAUCAUGCCUCAUCAUCUUGCAGCCAACACAAAUGGCAACCGCAACCAUAUCUUCUAUAAUGUCACCAGAUCACCCAGAUUUGGUCGCUUGUAUAUGAAUGAUCAGGUGAUCCACACAUUUGGACAAAUCAAUGUUGACAAAGGAGAAGUACUGUAUAUGCAAACUGAUCUGACAGAACCAUCAGAUAAUUUUAGAAUAGAUCUUUGGACAUGGGAAGCAUCUAUUCGUGAUGUAGAAGUAAGGGUUGUGGUGACACCUCUUGUAGAAACGAAACCAUUGAUUGCAACAGUAGGUGGAAGAACCCGUCUCACAUUAGACCACCUGGAUGCUUCCCAACUGGCCACCAUUACAGGCAGCAAUCCUGUAUACAAGGUGAAAAAAAGACCGCGUUUUGGGAAGCUAAAGAAGAUCAGUCGGCGGACAAGGAGAUCGGGCAGGUCCUAUGAAGUUCAGGAUUUUACACAUGAAGACAUAAGGGCAGGACUUAUAUUUUAUAUUGCAAGGAAUCUCAAUCUGAGGGCUGAUGAGCCUCUGCAUGAUCAUGUCCACUACAUCCUUAAGGUACCAGCACCAGGAUUUCAGCCAGCAGAAGGAACACUCCGCCUUAGUUUGGUGGAGAGUAUGGAGGCUGGAGCGGCAUUAGAAGAAGGUGCAGGACCGCCAAGACAUCUGCGACCAGAAAUCCUCUCGCCUACGGGAGACAUUGAAGAUCCCUCAUCAAACUCUGAAACCUCAAGUUUAUUCCCUGGCAUUCCCAUGGAUUAUAUAAUUGUCAUUGUAGCCUCUGUUGGAGCUGUGAUGGCUGUUAUAGCUCUAAUGGUGCUGGUACGUUGUGCUACUCGUCGGCGACAUAGUGACAAGCGCAGUAAUGUUGGGAUAGAUGGAGACGUAGCCUCCCUACCCCCACCACUGCCAACUGAUUCACGUCCCAACUCCUUCAUGACAGACGAUAUGUCAGAGUUAGAGUGCCGACCCCCAGAACUACCAUCAUCCCCAAGGCCUGGCCGCCACCACCACUUACACAAUGGUGGCAGUGGUGGGAUGGGGCUGGCAGCACACCUCACAGAUUCCGAUGCCUCCUGGCCCCGUGACCCAUCUCGGGAGGUCUCACCGGCAGUGCCUCAGUGCAAGGUCACACCCCUCUGUGCGGACACGACGCCCAGGGAAAGUCCGUAUGACCCGCACUUGGCCGGUUAUCCCUAUGGUGUCAACACGGAGCAGGCGGAGGAGUGGGGCCUGUAUGAGAAGCACCAGCCUAGAACUACCAACCCGAUGCUCAGGAAGAACCAGUAUUGGGUGUAGCAAACUCUCUCGUUUCAGUUGUGCAGUGUCGCAGCAACUGCGUGUCAUGGUGCUAUUAUCUACUUCAUAAGAAAUCAAAUGUUGUGGAGGAAGAAAAACAUAGAUGUGUAUGCAUGAAUGAAGUGGAAAUUGUUUUGUGUUUACCUUUUGACUUGAAAAUAAUAUUGAAUAAAAUAAACUACAGACUGCAAUGAUUUUCGGAAGUUGUGUUUCAUAAAUGAAUUACAUGAUUUUCAUAUAAUCUCGAAUUUUUUGCAUGGUGUCCGAGAAACGUUGUGAAAAUUAUUCAAGACAUUUGUGGCAUUUGAUGACUGUGGCCUUGUACCACUCAUUGUGAUAGUGCUACUGGUAAUGAAUUCUUCAAUAUGAAAGUAUUAUUGUGGUUAUUUUGUGUUGGCUAUUUAUAUCUCGUGAUGGAAAAUCACCUAAGCCCAGUCCAUAUGUUCAAUAUGAUGGCUUAAUGAACAACUGGUUUGUUAGUGGACAUUGUGCGUUCUUCUGAGUGUUUUGUUUACGGUAAAGUGUUCAUGAUUCACAAACUGUAUAGUCGAAGGAAUACGCACAAUCGCCAUUGUGAAAUCUCCUCCAGUUACGUAUGUUCAUAAGUUCAAGGGCAUUG